AUGCUAAUCACUGAAAACAAGCAACUGAAAUCCCAGAACUACUCAUUGACUCGCAAGGUUGAGGAGCUUCAACAGCACUCUCACCUUAGCAAUGUCAACAUCAAAGGAUCAGGGCUUUCUGUCUCUCCAACAACUGUCAAGGAUGAGAAGUCGCAGCAGUCACGCCUCCACCGUUGUAACCUCUGUGGCUAUGAAACUGGAAGACUGUUCCAUCUGCAAGCACACACCAGGGUCCACACAGGAGAGCGUCCCUUUCCAUGCCAUUUGUGCCCUCAGAGCUUCUCACUGAAUGCCAAUCUGAAGACGCACCUGCGCACCCAUACAGGCGAGAGGCCAUAUCACUGCCCUUCAUGCCUUCGGAGCUUCUCGCGAAAAGACACCCUCAAUGACCACCUGCGCAUCCACACAGGCGAGCGUCCAUUUCAAUGCCCUAUAUGUGGGGAGACCUUUGCCGCAAAGUUCACCCUCAAGACUCAUUUGUACGUCCACUCAGACAAGCGGCCAUAUCAGUGCCCUUCAUGCUCUAAGACUUUUGUGAAUAGCAGUGCGCUCAAGAGGCACUUGCGCACUCACACGGGCAAGCGACCAUAA